AUGACGGCGGCAGAAGGUGGUGGCAGUGGUGGAGGAGGAGUGAGUCCAGGUACAUCCGGGGGGAAUGGUCUCGGCGGCGCCCGCACGUGGAAGUUCAUGAACACCGAGGCCAUUGUUGCAACAGCGCUCGGGAAGGCUAACGGAGGUUGCAAGAUCAAGGCAUUACGCGCUAAGACCAACACGUACAUCAAGACGCCAGUGAGAGGGGAGGAGCCUGUCUUUGUCGUCACUGGUCGAAAGGAGGAUGUAGGGAUGGCGAAGCGCGAGAUCCUGUCGGCGGCAGAACACUUCAGCCAGAUCCGCGCGUGCCGCAAGAACAACCUGAACGGGUCCAUGGCGCCCGGCCCGCCCACCAACGUGCCCGGCCAGGUGACCAUCCAGGUGCGCGUGCCGUACCGCGUGGUGGGGCUGGUGGUGGGCCCCAAGGGCGCCACCAUCAAGCGCAUUCAACAGCAGACUCACACGUACAUCGUCACGCCGUCGCGGGACAAGGAGCCCGUGUUCGAGGUGACGGGCCUGCCGGAGUCCGUGGAGCAGGCCAGGAAGGAGAUCGAGGCACACAUCGCCAUGCGUACGGGCGGCCUGCUGGACCAGGACGAGCCCAACGCAGCGGCCGCGGCGCGCCACCACGCCGACUUCCCCCCGCCCACGCACGGGCUCGACAACCUCUUCAACCCCCCUUCCUCAGAGCUGGUCUCGUCCCUCUACAAGCUCAAUAAUUCCUCGCUCAACGGACUUGCCUCCAUCAACGGCAUCGCCAACAGCGCAGGUCUGAACGGUCUCACCAAUGGUCUCAGCAACGGUCUCUCCAGCGGCUCCAGCCUCAACGGCAUCAACGGCCUGAACAGUCUCAGCGGCAGCGGUCUGAACAACUCGCUAAACGGCAUGAAUCUGAACAACACACUGAACAGCCUGAACACGCUGAACCAGCUCAACGACCUGAACUCCGCCUUCACGCUGCUCGGAGGAGACACCGGGUCUUCCCUCCUUGGCUCGUCGAACAAGGGCGGCAGCACCUUGGACUCGUCCCUGUUCUCCUCCUUCAGCGGCGGCGUCGGCAACACCAAGCUGGGGAGCGACGUGUCCGGCAGCGGCAGCGGCGGCCUCGGCCUGUACGGCGUGGACGAGGGCCUGGGCUCGCUCGGCUCCUCCAUGGGCUCGUCGCCCUCCUUCGACCCGGCUCCCCCCAGCAUUUGGGGCGAGCUCAGCCGGCCUCUGGGCAACAACAUGAGCUCCACCGUCAGCUCCAGUUCCUCCCUCAGCUCGACCUUCUCGUCGCUGUCCUCCACUUUGUCCUCGUCCCUGACACGCAGGUCGUCGUCAGUGUCCGGAGCGUCCCCGCCCUCCUCCAGGCUGUCCCCGUCGUUAGAGUCCCACCCCCCCGCGAGGCGCAUCAGCUCCGACCCGGCCCCGGGACUCGCGGCCGCGCCCUCGCUCGCAUCGCUCAACUCGGCCCUCUCCGGAGGCCUGGGGGGACUACCUACCUCCUCUCCCUCCUCAUCCUCACCAGCUUCCACCCCCGAUCUCACGCAGCAGCUGAGCGCCUUCCAGUCGGUGCCCGGGCUGACGUCAGCGCCCGCCACCUCCACGGCGACCACCACCAUCGCCAGCAUGAACGGCCUCAUGAACGGCAUGGACGAGAAGAAGAGGUGCGUCACGUGCUGCGAGUCCGAGGUGGUGGCUGCGCUCGUGCCCUGCGGCCACAACCUUUUCUGCCUGGACUGCGCCAACAAACUCAAGUCCGAGGCGUCCGAGUGCCCCAUCUGCCGCAUGAAGGUCACUCACGCCAUCCGCAUCUUCUCGUAACGCGCCACCGCGUCACAGGCGGCAACGUCUCAGCAAGUACAUUGCAACAAGCCAAUGCGGCGCUCAUGGGCAUCUCGGCCCUCUAACUACCCCACCACCGGCUUAUAUAGAGUAUAUUAGUCCUUAUAUAUCUGCAGAUUGAAGAGUAUUAUCUUUAAAAUCAAUCAUUAAAUUUUUUAUUCAAGUAGUGUGAAGAUAUUUUUAUUUCAUUUUCACUUGGAAUGUAAGGCAUUUUUAUUGGUGUGCGUCGGGCGACAGUAUGGCCCCGGGCAAGGUGUUCGUCCGGUGGCCGAGCCGUCGGUGCUGGUGGCGCGAGUCCUUCAAGUCAGAGUGGAGAACAGCUGUCGCUAGGCUGUGAUAGGCAGGCCAGCGCCGCGCUCGCUCGCUCGCUGCACUCGCUGCCCGCCAACAACUGCCAGGGGGGGUCGACGCCCCCUCUCCGAUCUCCCACUGUUUCCUGGGUACUCAGGUCGGCUCGGGCUGGGCCGGGCGGACCGAGGGUCACGACGGCGUGGCGCUAGACAACUCCCCACCCGCUCACCCAGAUCUGAAUCAUCCGCCCGCACGCCCGCACGCCCGCCCCUCCCAGCCCCGAGGCCGCCUCACAACGAAUGCUACAUAUCCUUCUCGAACACUCUACGUGAGCGUGACAGCCGCCCACCAACCAGCCCGCCGCCCGCACGCUUGCCCGCCCCAGCGACACAUGGACGGAGUGCGGGAGGCUCGGUGGCCAGUGGGUAGUUGGGGAAGGCACCAGGAGCAGGGAACAACAACAACAAUAACUACAACAACAACCACAACCACCACAGUAACAACAACAGUAACAUGACCACCAACACCGCAGUCCCGAUGUCAACAGCAGACAGACAACCUCGCGAGGCCGACCCUCCGCGGCCGCCGCCUCGCCGAACCACCCGAACGAUCGACUCGUGCCUUGAUCCCGUCACACCUGUUACCAUAGUUCGACCCACUGCCUCACCCACGCCCACACGCCCAUGCCGACUAAUGUCCUUCCCUCACACCGACACCCAUCCAGCAUCCCACUCACUCGCCCGCCCCCGACCCCCAUUAGAUCCAGUCACCUUAGGACAUCCCCCAUAACCCACCCACCCCCACACGCCCAUCCAGCCACCCACCCACAUCCAUAGCCCGCAGCCCACCACCCACCACCACCUCGAAGAUGGACCAUCCUCAUCAGCCAAGAAAGGUGGGCGUGUGUGUGUGUCUCGAGGAACGAUGCCGAAGUUCUUCUCCGUGUCUCGCGCCGCCCACACGCAGACGACCCCACCCCCAAAGGAAAGAAAAGUGAGAGAAACCCCGCCCCCCCACACACAAAAUCAACACCCCCUACAUCAACCACGCCCACUGAGCCACCAACCAAUAGAGUUGACCCCUGCUUGUGCAUUCAUCUAAUGGAAGCAAUACAGUGAUAUUAUCUUAGUCAUAGCGCUUAUCUAAGUUUUUGCUCAUCAUUGAUAUAUAAAUGGAAAAUAAUACAAAAAAAACUUAUGAGAAGAUGUGAGAAAAAAAAAAACUUUAUUUUGUAUAGAGAAGAUGAUGAUGAAGAAGAGAGAAAGAAAGAAAAAAUAAUAACAGUAUUCUAGACCAAUCUUUAAUUUCCAGUAUAUUUAAUUAUUAUCAAUGCCUUUUUGUGAUAACGUUUGUUUUUGUCUGACUUGAAGGACUCCGAAGCGCCGCGCACGAUGUAUAGAAACCUCUUUUGUACAAGUGGAAUAUUCGCCAAGAAGCGCGACAGUCCGCCCGGCCGCCCGCGAUCGGUGCCUGGCUGCCGUGGGCGUGUCGGGGGGGAGGGAGGAAGGGGCCAGGGGGAGGUAGUGUCUCUCCCGCCGUGGGCCUUCCCAGGCGUAGAGGGAAGUCGCGAAGGAGGCCCUUCUGAAGACUCCUUCGCCCCCGGAAGAAUUUUAAUAAUAGUGGUUAUUAUUACGAUUUUUUAAAAAAUUCAUUUCUUCCACCGUACGCCCGCCGACUGCUCUCUUCAAAAAGUGGAAAGAGAGAGAGAGAGGAAAAGAAAAAGGGAAGUAGAAACCCGCCCACGAAACCCCCCACCGCCGCCCCCCCUCGCCCAGCGCGGCCCGCCGGACUCUCGUGCUUACCCCCACUCCUACCCCCGCCCCCCUCGUCCCCUCCCCACCCGCUCCUUGACCCCCUCACCCCCAUACCCCGAAGAAGCCAGAUAGCCGUUCUGGUGUCACAAGAAAAAAAGUUUUGGUGAAGACGAUGGUGAUGAUAAUGAUAAUGAAGUGAUUGAUCAAAAAGAAAAUUAAAAGGAAGUGUGUUUGAAAGGCCUCGGGUGUUUGCGCAGGCCGGCCCAAUAGCAUUAUCAUUAUUAUUAUUAUUUUUUUUUUUUAAGAGAGAUACCCCCCAGAGAAAAAAGUAUGGGGUAUCGCUGUCCUUCCUUUGGGGGGGAGGGAGGGAGGGGGAGGGGGGACCUGAAAGAAAAUGAAAAGAAGAAAAAAAAGAGUGAAUGAAGAAGAGAUAUAUACCAAGAAUUUGCUGGUUUAUAUAUAUAGAUGAUAUAUCCACUGGUGUCGACUGCACACCCACCCCACCCCCCACCCCCUUCUUCGUCCCCCUCUCCCUCCUCCCCUCCUUUUUUUUCCCUUCCCCCUUUUAUCACCCCCCCCCCUAUUCCCCCCUCAACCCUUUCGACAUCGAAGGUGGUUUUACUCUUGUUCUCCUGACACAAAGAAAGGACAAGCUUUGUGGUGUUUGCGUCUUGAGAGUAAAAAAAAAAAAA